GAGAAGAGGUGUGUGUGUGUGUCCUCUCUCUCUCUCUGUUCGUGUUCGGUGGGCACACACACAUCAGGGAUUGUAGCCGUUCGGAUUUAAAUCGGGACGCUUACGAAUGAAUGGAAAUCACCUUCGAACAGGACGAAGGAGCCUCUUCCACCACCCCCUACCCCGAGCUCGCCCGGUGCCCACUGUGAUUUAGCUCUCGGUUAACACCCGGGCAAGCGUCGGCCCACGGACUGACUUCACGCGCGCCGGGCAGCAACAGAGAAAAGGAUGGAGGCGUUUUUCGCAGAGGGGGCCCGUGUGUGGGUGAAGGAGAAGGAGCAGCUGGUCCCCUCUACUGUCAGCUCCUGUGGAGAUGGAACCCUGGUCCUCACUACCAACUAUGGAGAGGUGUUGUAUCUCCAGCAGGCUGAGGUGACCAGAGAGAUAGUGUAUGCUAUGCAUCAGUCCAGUAUAGAUGGAGUGGAGGACAUGUCCACUCUGGCAGAACUACACGAAGCUGCCAUCAUGCACAACCUCUACCAACGCUACCAGAAAGACAGCAUCUAUACCAACAUAGGCAGUAUCCUGGCAGCGGUGAACCCUUAUAAACAGAUCCCAGGCAUGUAUGACCUAGAUAGAGUUGAGCUGUAUAGUCGACACCACAUCGGAGAACUCCCGCCCCAUAUCUUCGCUGUAGCCAAUGAGUGUUACCGCUGCAUCUGGAAACGACACGACAGCCAAUGCGUCCUCAUCAGUGGGGAGUCGGGGGCUGGUAAGACAGAGAGCACUAAGCUGCUGCUCCAGUUCCUGUCUGUGAUGAGCCAGAACUCUGCUGGGACGCCUCCCUCUGAGAGGACCACACGUGUGGAGCAGUCCAUCGUUCAGAGCAGUCCUAUCAUGGAGGCAUUUGGGAAUGCCAAGACAGUGUACAACAACAACUCCAGUCGCUUUGGGAAGUUCAUCCAGCUCCACUUUUCCCAGAGCGGGAACAUCCAUGGUGGAUGUAUCGUUGACUAUUUACUGGAAAAGAACCGAGUGGUGAGACAGAACCCUGGAGAACGGAACUACCACAUCUUCUACGCCCUGCUGGCCGGAGCCAACAAGGAACACAGGGAGCUGUAUUUCCUCGACGACCCUCCUGAGUCAUUCCACUACCUCAGCCAAUCAGGCUGUCUCAAAGACAAGAGCCUGGACGAUAAACAACUCUUCAACAGCGUCAUGGAGGCGUUGAAGGUGAUGGAGUUCAGUGAGGAGGAGACCAGAGACAUGUUCAAACUGCUGUCUGGAGUCUUACAGCUGGGCAACAUCCAGUUCAUGACCGCCGGAGGAGCACAGAUCACCACCAAACAGGUGCUCAGUAAUGUCAGUGAGCUACUCGGUCUGGACUGCUUCCAGCUGUCUGAAGUACUGACGCAGAGAUCCAUGAUCCUCAGAGGAGAAGAGAUAUGCUCUCCGCUCACCAUAGAACAGGCAGUGGAUUCCCGGGACUCUGUUUCCAUGGCUCUGUAUUCCCAGUGUUUUUCCUGGAUCAUUCUCCGGAUCAACCAGAAGAUCAAAGGGAAAGACAACUUCAAAUCCAUCGGAAUACUGGACAUCUUCGGCUUCGAGAACUUCCAGGUGAAUCGGUUUGAGCAGUUCAACAUCAACUAUGCCAACGAGAAGCUGCAGGAGUACUUCAACAAACACAUCUUCUCUCUGGAACAACUGGAGUACAACAGGGAGGGAGUCCAGUGGGAAGCCAUAGACUGGAUGGAUAACGCUGAGUGUCUGGACCUCAUAGAGAAGAAAUUGGGCAUGCUAGCAUUGGUCAACGAGGAGAGUCGCUUCCCCAAAGGGACAGACUUCACACUGCUGGAGAAACUACACAGCAGGCACUCUACAAACCCUUACUAUGUGAAGCCUCGACUGGCUGACCACCAGUUUGGCAUCAGGCACUAUGCUGGAGAGGUUCUAUAUGAUGUCACGGGGGUUCUGGAGAAGAACAGAGAUACAUUCAGAGACGACAUCCUCAACAUGCUGAAGGAGAGCAGACUGGACUUCAUCUAUGAUCUGUUUGAGAGAGUGGGCAGCAGGAACAGUGAGGAGACUCUGAAGAUGGGAACAGCCAGACGCAAGCCUACAGUCAGCUCACAGUUUAGGGACUCUCUCCAUUCCCUCAUGGCCACUCUGAGUGUGUCCAACCCUUUCUUCGUGCGCUGCAUCAAACCCAACAACGAGAAGAACCCUAGCGUGUUUGACCCGGAAGUGGUUCUGAACCAGCUGAGGUAUUCUGGGAUGCUAGAAACAGUUAAGAUCCGCAGGGCCGGCUUUCCUGUCCGCAGAACCUUCAAAGAAUUCUUCAGCCGGUAUCAGAUCAUUCUGCAGGAGAAGGUGAGUGGAGCGGGGGAUGAUAAGAAGAGGAGUACAGACCUGCUGACCAAAUACGACCGCGCCAAGAAGGAGUGGCAGCUGGGAAAGACCAAGGUGUUUAUGAAGGAGUCUCUGGAACAGCGUUUGGAGAAAGAGAGAGACGAGGUUCGCCGUAAAGCAGGCAUGGUCAUCAGAGCCCACAUCCUCACCUACACCGCUAGGAAGCACUUUAAGCGUGUGAAGGGGAGCGUCAUCACCCUCCAGGGGUACCUUCGUACCCACAUACAACGGAAAUGGUUUCUACGGCGAUGCUUGGCGACGCGGGUGCUCCAGAAACACAGACGAGGACAGGUGGCCCGCACACGCUGCCGCAAACUCCGAGAGGAGAGGAGGAAGAGAGAGGAGGAGGAGAGGAAGAAGAGAGAACAGGAGGAGGGGAAGAAGAAGGGAGAGGAUGCGGGCGAGGGGAAGAAGGAGGGAGAGGUGGAAGGAGAGAAGGAGGGAGGAGUAGAGGCAAAGGCCGCUCAGGGUUCUGAGAAAAAGGAAGGAAAGACGGAAGAAGAGGCCCGUCAGAUGGAGGAGAUCUUGCGUAUAGAGUUGGAGAUCGAGCGCCUGCAGAAACAGAGGGAGGAUGGGGUCUCCCAGCUCUGUGAGUCCUCCAGGCAGGAGCUCCGGCUACGCCGGGACGCAGAGAUCAAGAGGCUGAAGAAGGAGGCCUCUCGUAAGGCCACAGAACUAAUCGACCUCCUGGACUUUGGUGGUCUGGAUCCCAGUUUAGCCGCCGCUAGCGCUAGCGCAGAGCGGCUCCAGGAGGGGCCAGGCGUGGCCACGGCCGUAACCCAGGAGGAGGAGGUGGACGAGGGCUUCCAUGCCGAGGAGGAGUGCACCGUCCCUCUCCUCCCAGACUUCCCUCCUCCAGCCGAGACUGACGCUGCCGUGGACCAGGAGAUGUUCGCCCACCUGCCCCCUCCUCCACCCGCCUUCGCUGAGGGCUCUACUGCUACACCGCCUCCCCCUCCCCUCGAUUCAUCCUCACCUGCUCCCGUCCCUCCCCCACCUCCCCCCUUACCAGCUGGAGAUGGCUCUGCCUUCCCUCCCCCCCCACCACUGCCUCCUGGAGAGGGGGAGGGAAAAGGAAAAGCGGGGGAGAAAAAAGAGGGUGAUGGAGGGAGGACAACGAGUAUAUUGAGCCUCGGAGAAGGGGAGGAGCCGAUCUACAGCAUGCCGGUCGACAGCGGCGAAUCAGAUUACGACGAGGAGGAGGGGUCUGUCAACGCGGGAGACGAUGGUUCCGUAUCCGGGCAGAAUAGCAACAGAGGCAGCGCGGCCAUGACGGAGGAAGAAGCUCUGAGGAAGUCCACAUGCACCAACGCCAGUAUAGAGUCAUACAGGGGCAGCUCUGACUCAUACAUGGAGAGUGAUGAUGAGCAUGAUGAGCUGUUGGAGACAGAUGAGGAGGUACACAACGGCAGGGUCACUCUUCUCAACGGGAACGGACCUCCGUACUUCCAUAGCUACCUCUACAUGAAGGCUGGUCUGAUGAUCCCAUGGCGGAGGCGGUGGUGUGUGUUGAAGGAUGAGACCUUCAUGUGGUUCCGCUCCAAACAGGAGUCCCUCAAGUCUGGCUGGCUCCAUAAGAAGGGAGGAGGACUGUCCACUCUGUCCCGCAGGUUGGGGAACUGGAAGAUGCGUUGGUUUGUUCUGAGGGAACACAAACUGAUGUACUUUGACAACGACAGCGAGGAGAAACUGAAGGGAACCAUUGACAUCCGCGCCGCCAAGGAGAUCGUGAACAACCAUGAGAAGGAGAAUGCGUUGAACAUCGUGACAGAUGAGAGGACGUACCAGGUGUUUGCUGAGUCGCCAGAAGACGCCAGUGCGUGGUAUAAAGUCCUCAGUAAGGUUCAUGUGUAUACUCCCGAGCAGCUGAUGGACAUGUCUCAUGAACAGGCCAACCCCAAGAACGCUGUGGGGACUCUGGACGUGGGGCUGAUCGACUCAGUCUGUGCCUCUGACAACCCUGACAGGCCCAACUCAUUUGUGAUCAUCACAGCGAACCGUGUGAUCCACUGUAACACUGACACUCCAGAAGAGAUGCACCACUGGAUCAGCCUGCUGCAGAAACCUAAAGGAGACGCCAAGAUAGACGGACAGGAGUUCCUGGUUAGGGGUUGGCUCCAGAAGGAGAUGAAGACAGGAACUAAGAGUAAUGUUCUGAAGCUGAAGAAACGCUGGUUCGUGUUAACCCAUAACUCCCUGGAUUACUACAAGAGCUCUGAGCGAAACUCCUCCAAGAUGGGAACCCUCGUCCUCAACUCCCUGUGCUCUGUCUUUCAGCCUGAGGAACGAGUGCACAGAGAGACAGGGUACUGGAACAUCGUAGUGCACGGACGGAAGCACUCGUAUCGCCUCUACACCAAGAUGCUGAAUGAAGCUCUGAGAUGGAUAGCAGCCAUACAGGCAGUGAUAGACAGCAAGACACCUAUAGAAACACCUACAGUACAGCUCAUUAGAGAUAUCAAGGACAACAGUCUUAACCCUGAGGCGGUGGAGCAGACCUACAGGAGGAAUCCCAUCCUCAGAUACACUCAGCACCCUCUACACUCCCCCCUACUGCCACUGCCCUACGGAGAAGUCAUCCAGAGACAGCAGGGCUAUGCCAGUCUUCAGGAUGAAGCUAUCCGAGUGUUUAACUCUCUUCAGGAGAUGGAGACUCUGGCAGACCCUGUUCCUAUCAUAAGGGGGGUACUACAGACCUGUCAGGACCUGAGACCGCUCCGAGAUGAGGUAUACUGUCAGGUGAUCAAGCAGACCAAUCACGUGCCUCAGCCCAAUCAGCCCAAUCAGCGGGCUCAUUGGCACCUCCUCACCUGUAUGAGCUGCACCUUCCUCCCAAGCCGGACCAUCCUCAGAUACCUGCGCUUCCACCUCAAAAGGGUGCGAGAGCAUUUCCCCAACACAGAGAUUGAGCGUUAUUCUGCUUUUAUCAAUGAGUCUCUGAAGAAGACCAAGACCAGGGACUUUAUUCCGUCUCAGGAGGAAAUCAUAGCCCUACUGGUGAGGCAGGAGAUGACAACUACAGUCUACUGCCAUGGAGGAGGCUCCUGCAAGAUCUCCAUCAAUUCACACACCACCGCCGGAGAGGUGGUGGAGAAGUUGAUCCGCGGCCUGGCCAUGGAGGACAGUAGGAAUCUGUUCUCUUUGUUUGAACACAACAAGGUGAUGGACCGAGCUCUGGAGAGUAGGGUCAUAGUGGCUGACGUCCUCGCCAAGUUUGAGAGGCUGUCAGGGACUGAGGAGGAGGAGGAGGAAGGACAGUGGAGACUUUAUUUUAAACUUUACUGUUUCCUCGAUAUGGAGAGCAUGCCUAAGGAGGGGGUGGAGUUUGCCUUCAUGUUUGAGCAGGCCCAUGAGUCUCUGAUCAGUGGUCACUUCCCGGCCCCAGAGGAAACUUUGCAGCAGCUAGCCGCUUUACGGCUGCAGUAUCUCCAUGGAGACGGGGCCAGCCGCGCUGGGUGGAGCCUCGGUAGUGUUUACCCAAUGGGGCGCCUCCGCUCGCGCAUCCUCCACUCCACCAAACAGGGAGGUGCGGCAGGAGGAGAGGGAGGUGUAGGGCAGGUGGGAAGUGUCAAGGGGGACGGGCAGGAUAGAAGGAGAACCCCCAGCUUCCUGGAUGGAAGUCUGAGGCGCAGCUUCAAGACGGGCUCGCUGAAGAAACAGAAGGAGGAAGAGGGGCAGCAGGUAGAGAUGUGGGUGAAGGAGGAGACAUCGGCCACCAGAGCCCAUGUUCUGGAUAAAUGGACCAAGUUACAGGGACUACCCCAGCACCAGGCUCUGCUCAAAUACAUGUCCAUCGUCAAAGAGUGGCCCGGAUAUGGCUCUACACUGUUUGACGUGGAGUGUAAGGAAGGAGGUUUUCCCCAUGACCUGUGGCUGGGUGUGAGUGCUGACAACCUGUCUGUGUACAAGAGAGGCGAACCCAAACCUCUGCAGACAUUCCAGUACGAGCGCAUCACCUUCUUUGGAGCUCCACAGCCCUGCACCUACCAGAUCACUGUCGACGGCAAGGAUUUGUUCUUCGACACUCCAUUGGUGAUGGAGAUUGCGAAGAUCAUGAAAGCCUACAUCAACAUGAUGGUGAAGAAACGCUGCAGCAUCAUGUCUGUCUCCAGCGUCGCCAGCGCCUUCGUCAGGUGAUCAACCAGCAGUCAAUCAGAGCCCUCCAUUCAACAGUACAGGCCUAUCAAAGAGCGGCAGGAAGUGGAUAUAAUCCACGGAUUGGUCGGUCGGUUGGUUUGUUGGUGGAGUCAGCCGACCUUGGAGAGGGGUACCCACAAAAUAGCGGACAGUCAGGAACCUAAAAUGGCAUCAGAUUUCACAAAGGGAAAAGUGGAUGGAGACUGCAGCUAACUAUUCUAGACUUGGGAAUUGGGUGGAUUGGGUUAAAUAUCUGUUUAUUAACAAUGAGCAUGGAAAACGACAAUUUUGGGGGAGGAGGACAACUCCAGCACCUCCCAACCCCCAGUUACCCUGCAUGUCACUGUCUUACAGACAGCAGGCCCAGCAAGCACAUUCUAACUCAACCUUACUUCAUCUAAAUAUCUAUUACUCCUUUUAUAUCAAUCUCUAAUCUCUCUCUCUCCUCUGUCAUCCCUCUCUCUCUGUUCUCUCUGGACCAAACCCAUACCAACGACAAGCACAAUAGCCCAGUCAAGCCAUACCACCUGCAAAGCCCCGUCGCCCCCUUCUCAACCCCGAUAACACACCCCCAGUGCCAGUGCCAGUCCCAGUCCCAGUCCCAGUCCCAGUCCCAACACACUGCCAACUAGGAGAGAUCAAAUGAAGCCUAUUACUAGUUCUGUUUUCCUUCCUCUGUCUCUAACCCUCUCUCCCCCCAUUUGAUGAAACUCUCUCUUUUUCUCUGUCUGUGUGUCCCCCAUUUCGCCUGCUUUACUCUCUUUACAGUUACGUGUUAAUUUAUUCUCUCUUGCUUGCUUCCUUUCCUCUCUCUUUCUCUCACUCACUCUCUCGUUCAUCUGCUGUUGUCCGUGGUGACUGAGUUAAAGGACUCACUGUGUUUUGUGUUUUCCUCUCGGGUCAAAUGGAAAGUCUGGUCCCUUCUUCAUCAGAAUGCGCAGUACUUCCUGUGUCAAAGGAAGUGACAUCACAUAUGGCCAAAGGAAGUGACCUCAUAGUAGAUAUCUAUGGAGCUGUGUGAUAUGACUUCAUACAAACCCACUCAGAGAACCAGGGCUGGAGGCCCAUCCAGGGCCCUCUCCCCGGGAUCAUCCCGACUCAGAGGCUCUUUCCAGGGGUAGCUGUCUGGCUCGGUCUGGGGGGGAAGCUCCGUGGGUGUGGAAAGGUCUGGAGGAGCGAAUGAUGCUAAGAGUGACAAAUGUCAACUACAAGAUCAACCAAGGGAGAUUGAGACGGAACCUUCUCCUAUAAUAUAUCUACAUACUAUGAACAUCACAUAUAUUAUAUAUUCAUGUCUAACCUACACAUACACACAUAUACACUAAUCAAACACUUACCGUUUUUGUAUAUCGCACCCAUUGGAACCCUACAUAGAUUUUUUUUGGUCACAGUACUGUAUGUAUAUAAAUACCAUUAUAAAUGCCAUUUGAUGAAUUUAUUGUAUGUGUAAAUUAAAUGCGAAUGAACAGAGAUAUUCACUGCUGUAUGUCUAAUAUGCCAACGCACCCUUAUUCACUAGCAGUGCCAUCUGACUAAAUCACAGAGAUAUAGAGGGGUUUCACUUAUUGAUGUAGAAUGGGUAGAGUCAGUCGUGGCGGACAUAUUGGUAGGACAGUUUGGGAUGGUUGCCUACAUGCGUUUCUCUGUGCUCUAGUGAAAUGUAGCCUUCGUAUCAUCCUUCUGGCUCACGUUUCCAUAUCUGUGGGUACUUUUUUUUUUUUAAACAAGAGGAAUCUACAAUGAUGUCUUCUCUACCCAUUCUGUUUCUAUGCUAUGUGAUCGUUCUCCAGUUCAUGUGUGAAUAGAAGCUGUUUUGAGUCAUGUGACUAGUGUACUGUAAGUUCCCAGUGUCUCCCCUCCUGUAGUGUUGUGUUUGGAAUGCUACCGUGAGUGUGUGUAUCUGUGUCAUAAUGCAAGUGACUAACUAACUACCCCACCGGGGGAAGAAGGGAACUAUAAAAAGAAAUAAGAAGAUAGAAAGAAAGUGUGUUGUUGAGAAAUAAGAGUAUUAUGUAUAUGGCUAACCUUUAUAAGAGAAUGGUGUUGUGAUUGUGAUUUUAAAUGGGAAAGGGUUUGGGAAUGGAGGAAGGGAGGGAGAGGGUGGAGGAUGGGGAAUUGAUUUGUUAUAAUUAUUGCAGAGGGAGGGAGGGGAUAGGGUUACAGUAUGGAAUUCUGUGAAAGAAGAGAAGAUCACAUAUUGAGGAGGUAUGCAUCUAGGAAAUAGGAAUGGUUGGAAUAUGAGAAUUCUGGGAACAUGGGAAUUUUGUUUGGGAUUUGUCGUCACUGCUUGUGGGCCACAGCCCCCUGGAGGACCAGUCUAUAGAAUCAGAAUUACUGGAAAGGACAUUCCAAUUCAGAACAACAUUCCAUCCUGUGUUGCAGUGGACCAUUUGGAAUGACCGAAAAAUCCAGUGAAAUUCAGGACUGUGUCCUAUCUAGGUAUUCUAUUUCUAUGGCCCUGCCUCUCACACUGCUAGUACACAGAGUAAGAUGAAGUUGCCUCUUGACACUGAUCUAAAGCAGUGGAGGCUGCUGAGGGGAGGAAGGCUCAUAAUAAUGGCUGGAACUGAACCAAUGGAAUGGUAUCAAACACAUGGCAACCAUGUGUUUGAUGUAUUUGAUAACAUUCCACUGAUUUUGAUCCAGACAUUACCACAAGCCCGUUUCCCACCCAAAUGGGAAGGGUAAACUGAUCCUAGAUCUGUGUCUAUGAGCAACCUCUAUACCAGGGUCAUUUUCCAGCCGCAGGCGGCCAGAGCAGGACCUGACUGUAAUCUGUUAUGGUUCAUAUUCAUUAUUAUCAUUAUAUAUUGAAACAUUGUGAUUGUUUUGAGAGAAAAAAAGAGAAAGAGAGAGAAAAUUGUUGUUGUUCUUUUUUUAUUUGUAACUGGCUUUACAAAAUUAUGCUUUAAUAAAUUAUCGGAAAUUG